AUGGAUUUGAAUAGAUAUAGUAGUUUAAGAAAAUUAUACCGUGUUACAAGUUGGAUACUACGAUUUAUAUACAACCUUAAAUUUAAAACUAAACGAUGUGGUGAACUAAGCACUGAAGAACUUAACGAGGCUGAAAUUAUCUGGACAAAAACUGUUCAAAGUGAAGCUUUUGCGGAAGAGCUGUCCUCUUUGAGACAGGGUAAAACAAUUUCUAAGACUUCCUCUAUUCUAGAACUGAAUCCCUUUCUUAAUAAUGACGGGAUAAUGCAUGUUGGUGGAAGACUUCAGAAGUCAAGACUUUCUUACCUUCAAAGACACCCAAUUAUUAUGCCCUCAAAACAUCACUUUGUGAAUUUAUUAGUGUGGGAUGCACACAGCAAAGUGUUUCACGGUGGAAUUUCUGAAACUUUGAUAGAAAUACGCGAAAGAUACUGGAUAAUUAAAGGAAGACAAACUGUUAAAAAUAUCUUAAGAAAAUGUAUUCUGUGUAAACGAUUUAAUUCUUCUCCUGGUGUGCAAGUUACUGCUCCUUUACCAGUAAAUAGAACAGAAGAAUUACCUCCUUUUUCUGUAGUAGGUAUAGAUUUCGGUGGACCACUUUAUACCAAAGACAGUGAUGAGAAAAACUACAUCGUGUUGUUUACUUGUGGAGUAACGCGAGCUCUUCAUUUAGAGUUUGUUGGUAGCAUGACCACAGAAACAUUUCUUCUUGCUUUUCGACGAUUCAUUGCUCGUCGAGGUCUAUGUUCUCAAGUUUUGACGGACAAUGCCAAAACUUUCAAACGAUCAGAACUUGAACUUAAAAAUUUGUGGACUGUCAUUAGUCAUCCAACAGUAAAAGACUUUUACGCCUCCCACAAAAUCCAAUGGUGCUACAUCGCUGAGAAAGCUGCGUGGUGGGGUGGCUUCUAUGAAAGACUAAUUAAAUCUGUAAAACUUGCUUUACGAAAAACUCUGAAAAAACCUACUUUAUCUCGAGAACGAAUUAGAAACUCUAAUUAUUGA